AUGAAUAAUCAAGACUUUGACAGAUUUUAUAGUACAGCAAUAAAGAAAUAUAAUGAUGAAGUACUGAUACGGAAACAAAUUCUUUCUCGAGUUAUUGAUAUCAUUAAACAUUCAUGUAAGCAAACAUUGCCAUUUCGAGGUCAUAGGAAUGAAGGUGCUUAUUCGUUGGACAAUAAUGAAGAAAACAAUGAAAUUUUUUUGGCUUUGGUACAGCUCUUGGCCAAAUAUGACCCACUUUUAGCUUCUCAUCUCUCUAUGUGUCAAGAGAAAUCAACCAAAAGAAUAAAAAAACUGAAGCGUCAAGGUAAAGCCGGCAGUAAAGGUCGCGGUGCUCUGGUUACGUUUUUAAGUAAAACUACUAUAUCAAAGCUUCUCAAUAUUAUGAAAAAUAUGAUGCAGGAACAGAUUGUAAUGGAAGUAUCCAAAGCAAAAGUGUACUCCGUAAAAGUUGAUUCUACACAAGAUAUAUCUGCAAUUGACCAAUUUAGCAUUGUGGUUCGCUAUGUUUUAGAUGCUACUGUGCAUGAACGGCUGCUUUCUAUUGUACCAAGCAAUGACUGUACUAGCCAAGGCUUGUUCGAUCUCUUAAAUUUGACGCUACAGCGGCUUGGCUUUAACUUGAAAUACUGUUUAUCGGACAGCACUGAUGGUGCUUUAAGUUAUCAUGGCAAGUACAAUGGACUGCAACAAAAGAUUACAGAAGCUGCAGACCACCAUGUACAUAUUUGGUGUUAUGCUCAUGUUCUCAACUUAGUUGUGAAGGAGGCAACCAGUUGCUGCAUUCAGGCAGUUUCAUUUUUUACCCUUUUGCAAAAUGUUUCAACAUUCAUAAAAGUGUCAUAUAAGCGAAUGGCUACAUGGAUUAAACUUGUUGAAACACAAAUUGGAAUGGAUAAGAUGAAAAGAUUGAAAUUGAUUGGUGAAACAAGGUGGUCGGGCAAAUCAAAUGCUGCAACAGCGAUAUUUGGAAUAUUUGCUGAGCCAUCUUCAACAGUGUUUGUCAAUUUAAUUUUAUGUCUGUCAUGUAUAAGCGAAUCAGAAAAUUUUGAUACAAAGACACGUCAUGAAGCUAAGACAUUGCUCAUGCCAUUCCUGAAAUUUGACACCAUUUUCUUUACCUACCUGCGAAUUUUUGAACAAGUGGGACCACUUUCAAUAUACCUGCAAACUCGUGGAUUAAAUGUGUUGGUUGCAUUUAAGAUGGUGGAGAAGGCCGUAAUUGAAUUGAAAAGUCAAUCAAGACUUUUUGAUGAUGUUCAUAAUAACGCUCUUCAAUUUGUACGGAUGGCAAAUGCAAGCAUCAUUCAAAGAACUGAAACCAUAUUAGAGGUAAGGAUAGAACUACCAGCUAAACGGAAGCAGAAGACACCAACGAUGUUAGAUGAACAUACAGUAGACGAACGUGACGAAUCUAAAGCUUUGGAACACUACAAAAUUCACACUUAUAAUGUGGUAAUGGAUCAGGUAGUCCAAAGUCUUGAGUCACAUUUCACUUCACAUCGACAAUUAUAUAUGGACAUGGCAUGUUUUGAUACAUCAAACUUUGGUGAUCUUGCCAUUUCGGGAAUUCCUUUAAACAGUUUACGCAGCAUUAUCCAAUUUUUACCAGAUGCCGACGUUGAUAAAAUAAAGGCUGAAUUGUUAUCAUUUGUCACUAACUAUGAGAUUUUGAAAUUGUCCUUGCCCUUAACAACAACAUUGAGAGAGAAUGCAUAUCAAAAGAAUUACAUAGAAGAACCGCUCUGUAAUCAGCAUACAUAUGGAGCAUGCGGAUUGUGUCCAUCUUGUCUGUUACGAAUUCUUGCUGCAUAUAGACUCAACGACAAAACCUAUGACAAUUUGUAUCAUAUUUAUAAAAUAAUAUGUACUAUUUCUGUAACACAAGCCGAAUGUGAAAGAUCGUUUUCUAAGUUAAAGUUAAUCAAGACAAGAUUGCGUAAUUCUAUGUCAAAUGACUACUUAGAGUCGUAUAUGUUGAUGUCUGUAGAAAAAAAUCUACUUGAUAGCCUUGAGUAUGAUACGAUCAUUCAAAGAUAUGCAUCUUCGUCCUAUGAAUUGAGCAAACUGUUUAAAGAAUAG